AUGCCGACGCCGGGUGCAGCAGCAUCAGAGGACAUGGACGUCAGCCAAACGGAAGAAGAGCAGGGGAAGGGGGAAGGAGAGGGCGAGCACGAGAUGACGGUGGCCGAGGAGGAGGAAGGGGAGGAGGAAAGCGCAGGAGAGACCGAGCAAGAGGACGGGGGUCCAGCAGCAGGAGACACGCAGCAAGCAACAACGGCAGCAGCAGCUGAGGCAGCACCGCCCCAGCAACGGGAAGAACCUCCCGCGCCGGCGCGGCUGCUGAUCACAAAGAUGGAGAUGGAGAACUUCAAGUCCUACGGCGGACUUCGGGAGAUCGGCCCCUUCCACAAGUGCUUCUCCUCCAUCGUGGGGCCCAACGGGUCCGGCAAGUCCAACGUGAUCGACGCCAUGCUCUUCGUCUUCGGAAAGCGGGCCAAGAAGCUCUGCCUGAACAAGCUCGGCGAGCUCAUCCACCGCUCGGACACCUACCCCAACCUGGACUUCUGCCGCGUGUCGGUGCACUUUGUGGACAUCCUGGACGUGUCCGGGUCGGAGGACGACUACGAGGAGGUCCCCGGAACGGAGCUCGUGGUGACCCGCACCGCGUACAAGGACAACCACAGCAAGUACGAGGUCGAUGGCAAAACCAAGACUUUCAAAGAGGUUGGAGCACUGCUGCGCAAGAGGGGCGUGGACCUGGACAACAACCGUUUCCUCAUCCUGCAGGGAGAGGUGGAGCAGAUCGCGAUGAUGAAGCCCAAGGGCCUCACCGAGCACGAGGACGGGCUCCUGGAGUACCUGGAAGACAUCAUCGGGUCCGACCGUUUCGUUGAGGCGGCGGAGGAGGCCGCCAGGAGGGUGGAGGAGCUCAACGACCAGCGCACCGAAAAGCUCAACCGGCUUAAGCUGGCUGAGAAGGAGAAGGACUCCCUGGAGGGGGACAAGCAGAAGGCGUACGAGUUCCUCCGCCUUGAUGCUGCCAUCCGCAAGAAGCAGAACAUCCUGUACCAGUCCAACAUGGCCCACGCCGCCACCAACGUGGAGAAGGUGAUGGAAAAGGAGGAGGAGAGGAAGGAAAGGCUGAGGCACGAGAGGGAAAAGCUGGCCAGCACCCUCAAGGAGUUGGAGGAGACCAAGAAGGUCCACAAGCGAGUAUCCGGAGAGCACCAGAAGCUGACCGCGCAGAUGAAGCGCACGAAGGAAGAGUUCAACGAAUACGAGCGCAAGGACAUCCAGCACCAGGAGGGCAUGAAGCACUUCAAGGAGCAGACGAAGAAGCUGGAGGCGGCCAUCAAGAAGGACACCAAACGCUCCAAAGACAGCCUGGCAAGGGCGGCGGAGCUGGAGGGCAGCCUGGACGGACUCCGGCGCGCUGUGGGCCAAGCGGAGGCAAGGAAGAAGACGGAGGACGAGGCCCUCGAAGAGGUGAACGAGAGCCUAAAGGGCAAGACGGCGGAGCUCCGCGGCAAGCUGGAGGGGGAGCAGGAACGGGUCCGGCCCGUCCGGGAAGAAACCGACGCCCUCAGGAACAAGGUGGACACGUGCAAGUGCGAGAUCAAGCUGGUGCGCGAGUCGACGGAGAGCGCGAAGAAGAGGCUGAAGGACGCGGAAGCCGCCCUGGAGAAGCUCCUCGAGAAGGCGGAGGCGGACAAGGGGGAGCUCGCCCACGCAAGGAAGGACUCCCGGUCCAUGGAGACGCAAAUUAGCCAGGCGGAAGAGAAGGUGGCCGAGGCUCAGCGUCAGGUUUCGACUGCUACGGAGGCCAUGGGCAGAGCCGUCGCCGCCGCUGAAGAGGCAAAGGCGUCGCGAGAAUCGGCCGCAGGCAAGACCGGAGCCCUCCGCGCCCUGCUGGAGGCCUCGUCCCCGGGGGGCGCCCUUCACGGCGCCGGUAUCUGUGGCCGUCUCGGCGACCUCGGGGCCAUCGGAGCCGACUACGACGUGGCGGUGUCUUCGUGCACGGGGCAGAUGGACAACAUCGUGGUCCAGAGCGCCGAGGGGGCUACCGCUUGCGUGGAGUAUCUCCGGGAGCACAGGCUCGGCCGGCUGUCGUUCAUCAUCCUGGAGAAGCUGGGCCAUCUGGAGAAUGCGAUGGGACAGCGGUUCCAGGCCCCCGCCGGAUGCCCACGGCUGUUCGACCUCCUGGAGGUGUCCGAACCAAGGUUCCGGACUGCGUUCUACUUGGCUCUCCCAGACACCCUUGUUGCUCCCGACAUGAAAACGGCCAUGGCGGCCGCGUACCAGAACGGUCGCACCGUUCACCGCGUCGUCACUGCGGACGGCAAGCUGAUCGACCGCUCCGGUGCCAUGACUGGGGGAGGCAACUCUACCAAGCGCGGCGCCAUGCGGAUCAUUGGACGGGGCGGCAGCGCGGCGUCCGGCGGUGGUGCCGGUGGUGCCGGCAUCGUUAGCGCCGCCCGGGCGGAGGAGCUGGCCGUCGAGGCCAGGAGGGCGGAGGAUGCCGUGAAGGCCGCUAGGCUUAAGAAGAAGGACGCGGAGGAGUGCCUCAAGAAGCUGCACGCCAGGAGCAAGCAGCUGCAGACUCUUAUCCCCAAGCUGGAGAUGCGGCUGCAGGGCGUCGGGGCGAGCGAGGAGCAGUACCGCGAGCAGAUGGAAGCUCUGCAGGCCCAGUGCAAGCUAACCCCCGAGGCCGAGGCCCAGCUGAAGAAGCUCACCAAGGACCUCACGAAAGACGAGAACGACCUAGCCAAGGUGUCUGCCUCGCUGGACAAGGCGGAGGCGGCGGUGAAGGCGCUCCAGACAGCCAUCCUAGAGGUCGGCGGGGAGAGGCUGAAGAAGGCCGUCAAGAGGGCCGACGCCGCCUCAAAGGCUCUUGACGAGGCGAGCGAUGCUCUCAACCGCGCGACCGUGGAAGGGGAAGGGGAGCGCAAGAAGGGGGAGAAGGUGGCGAAGGACGCUGAUCGCAAGACCAAGGAGCUGGAAGCGGUGCGGGAGAAGGCGCAGAAGGCCAAGGAUGGCUUCGCGGGGAUGGAAGAGAAGGCCUUCGAGGUGUUGAAGGCGUUCGAGGCGGCCGAGGCUGAGGUUAACACAAAGGCGGAAGAGCUGCGGGAGAUCGCGGAGUCUUACGAGAAGGCCAAGUCCCUCGCCGACAAGAUCAGAGGGGUGGAGGUCGACAUCUCGCACCAGCUGCAGGAGUACGCCAAGAGCAUCAACGAGAACAAGACGAAGCUCAAGCACUGGACCGGGGAGCUCAAGAAGCUGAGGAAGGUCCACAAGAAGGAGGCGGAGGACUGGGGUUUGGAGGACGAGGACGAGCAUGAGCAUGGCGUGAGCGACGACGAUGACGACGAGGGCAGUGAAGACGAGAGGGGCGAGGGAGUCACCGACGAGGAACGGGGGGACGGCGGAGUGGAAGAGAGCAAGGGUGGGGGGGGUGAGGAGGAGGAGGAGGAGGAGGAGGAGAGCGAGGGCAAGAGCACCAGGAGCGCCAAGGCUAAGAGCGACGGAACGAAGAAGCGUGAUAAAGCGGCGGCGGCGGGCCGCGGGGUGGGCGUGCUGCCCGACUUGGACGCGGAAGAAGUGGACCAUGUUGUCAGGGAGGACCUCAAGCUCAAGAUCUCCGAAAUGGAGGCGGAAAAGAAGGCGAUGGAAUCUUCCGUCAACCUGCCGGCCCUGGAGCAGUACCGCAAGAGGGAGGAGGAGUACCACGGGAGGGUGCAGGAGCUGGAGGAGGCCACCGUAGCCAGGAAGGAAGCUCGAGAGCACCACGAGAACCUCCGGCGGCAGCGGCUGGACGAGUUCAUGGCCGGCUUCGGACAGAUCACGCUCCGCCUCAAGGAGAUGUACCAGAUGAUCACCCUGGGCGGCGACGCGGAGCUGGAGCUGGUGGACUCUCUGGACCCCUUCAGCGAGGGCAUCGUGUUCAGCGUGCGUCCCCCCAAGAAGUCGUGGAAGAACAUCGCCAACCUCUCGGGGGGGGAGAAGACUCUGUCCUCCCUCGCGCUUGUGUUCGCUCUGCACCACUUCAAGCCGACACCGCUGUAUGUCAUGGACGAGAUCGACGCGGCCCUGGACUUCAAGAACGUGUCCAUCGUGGCAAACUACAUCAAGGAGCGCACGAAGAACGCCCAGUUCAUCAUCAUCAGCCUCCGCAACAACAUGUUCGAGCUCGCGGACCGGCUUGUGGGGAUCUACAAGACCCACAACGUCACCAAGAGUGUUACCAUCAACCCCAAGGAGUGCCUCCAGCAGCAGCAGCAGCAGCAGCAGCAGCAGCGGCAGCAGCAACGGCAAAGGCAAGAAGGGGAGGAGAAGGGCGGAGCCAAAGCACGCACCGCACUCAAGGCGCCUGGUGUGCUUGGAGACCCAACGAACGCCAUGCGCGGCACUGAAAUGUAA